AUGUAAUAAACACAAAAUUCAACAUAUUAAUUGAAAAUUGUGAAUACAGAAACUAGGUCAGAUAUUGUUUAUUAUCAGAUUUAAGUAAGAUAAAACAGAAUAUGAUAAGGUUUUAAAUACAUAAACAAAAAUAUCAUGGAGCUUUGAAGAAAGAUAUAAAAAUCUGAAUAAUUUGCAUACUUAAUUAUGUUCAGAAUUAAAACAAUAACUUCCUUAAUUCCCAGGCAAAAAAUUUUUUGGAAAUACCGAUCCUGAAUUUAUUUCAACCAGAAAAGCUGGAUUAUAGAAUUAUUUUAAGACUUUACUUUAAAUAAUAGAUGUGGACUAGUGUCCAACUCUGAAGAAAUUUUUAAUAAAAGGAGAAUAAAAACAUAUAAAAGAUCAACCUUAAUCAUUUAAGUAAGACUCUAUCAAACAAAAUGACAUAUAAGGAAAUGUACCUACAAAAGAAAAAAUUUAACAGCAAAAAUAAAUUGAAAAUGAGAGGAUAAAGAAAGAAUUAAAGGAAAAAUUAGCAGCUGCAACUUAAUAAAUAAAAUCCAAAUUUGUUGAUUUAGGUAGCUUAGUUAAUCCUCCAGAAGAACAUGAUAUCAAGAAGAAGAGAGCCUUUUAUGAUUAAAUUCGUUUAGAACCAAAAGUAAUUGGUAAUUUUAAUCAAUUAGAAUAAUUAAUUGUAUAUUGACAUUCCUAAACCUAGUCCAUAAUCGAAAAUGAUGAUUGCUUAAUCGACAAUAGAGCAAACAUAACCAAAAUUAAUAUAAUUGAUAUCAUAAUUACAAACUGGAGUAGAGAGCAUAAUAAGAAUAUGA